UCGGGAACUGAGCAGAAGGUUCCACGGAAGCAAACGUGCAUCAGAGAUGAGCCCUGCAGGAGUGAGCCUCUGGGCCACCGUGCUUUGUCUCUCGGCCUGGGCCGGCCUGCCCGCUGCGGACCGGGUCUACAUCCACCCCUUCCACCUCCUCGCCUACAGCAAGAGCAGCUGCGAUGCGCUGAAGGAGCCUAAUGCGGAGACGCCCCAAGACCCCACCUUCACACCUGUGCCCAUUCAGGCCAAGACGUCCCCAGUGGAUGAGGAGGCCCUGCGGGAGCAGCUGGUGCUGGCCGCCCAGAAGCUCAAGGAUGAAGACAGGAAGAGGGUGGCCAUGGUGGGGGGGCUACUCAACGUCAUGGGCUUCCGCAUGUACAAGACGCUGAGUGAGACGCAAACCACGGCCGGUGGGGCUGUCCUCUCCCCAACGGCUCUCUUUGGCACCCUGGCCUCCUUCUACCUGGGGGCCUUGGACCCCACAGCCAAUAGUCUGCAGGUGUUCCUGGGUGUCCCCGGGGACGAGGAGCAGAGCUGCACCUCGCGGCUGGACGGUCACAAGGUCCUCUCUACCCUGCAGACCAUCCAGGGCCUGCUGGCCUUGCAGGGCGGGGCUGGCGGGCAGCCCCGGCUGCUCCUGUCCACGGUGCUGGGCCUGUUCACAGCGCCUGGCCUGAGCCUGAAGCAGCCUUUUGUGCAGGGCCUUGCUCCCUUCGCCCCCGUCACCCUCCCGCGCUCCCUAGACCUGUCCACCGACCCAGAGCUCGCUGCUGAGAAGAUCAACAGGUUCAUGCAGGCCGUGACCGGGUGGAAAAUGAGCAGCCCCCUGACGGGGGUCAGCCCAGACAGCACGCUGCUCUUCAACGCCUACGUCCACUUCCAAGGACAGAUGAAGGGGUUCUCCCUGCUGCCGGGGCUCCAGGAGUUCUGGGUGGACAACACCACCUCCGUGUCCGUCCCCAUGCUCUCGAGCACGGGUACCUUCCAGUACUGGAGCGACGCCCAGAGCAACCUCUCCGUGACGCGGGUGCCCCUCAGCGAGAAUGUCAACCUGCUGCUGAUUCAGCCCCACUGUGCCUCGGCCCUGCGGGAGGUGGAGGCCCUGACCUUCCAGCAUGACUUCCUGAGGUGGACCAAGAACCUGUCUCCCCGGGCCAUCCGCCUGACCCUGCCCCAGCUGGUGCUGCGAGGGUCCUACGACCUGCAGGACCUGCUCGCCCAGGCCAAGCUGCCCGGCCUGCUGGGGCCCAAGGCAAACCUGGGCAAAAUCAGUGAUGCCGACCUCAGAGUCGGACAGGUGCUGAACAGCGUCCUGUUUGAAGUGAAAGCAGACAAGGGAGCGCAGCCCCCAGAGUCUGUCCAGCAGCCGGCGGGACCUGAGGCCCUGGACGUGACCCUGAACCGCCCGUUCCUGUUUGCCGUCUACGAUCAGGAGUCCACGGCCCUCCACUUCCUGGGCCGCGUGGCCAACCCGCUGAGCGCGCUGUGA